GUGAUUGGGCGGAGGGCGGUGAUUCCUUCUGUCACGAAUUGGGUCGCUCCCACCGGAGGACGCUGACCGCCCGAGUCCAGCCCUUCCCAAGGUGCUCAUCUGAGGAGACCGUGCUCAGCAGCAGGGGGAGAGGGAUUCUUCUCAGAGGAGCGGACCGACAGCUCGGCGUUCGUCCGCUUGUGUGGGCCAGGAGGAGAGAAGAGAGAGACCAUCAGGGCUGGAGCGACCAGCCGCCUUUCUUUGCUUUGGGGCUUGCGGGUAAAAGUCGUUGACGAUGCCGGUGUUUCACACCAAGACGAUCGAGAGCAUCCUGGAGCCGGUGGCCCAGCAGAUCUCUCACCUGGUCAUCAUGCACGAGGAGGGGGAGGUGGACGGGAAAGCCAUCCCGGACCUGACGGUGCCGGUGGCUGCGGUGCAGGCGGCGGUCAGCAACCUUGUGCGGGUGGGGAAGGAAACGGUUCAAACUACAGAGGAUCAGCUGAUGAAAAGAGACAUGCCUCCUGCUUUUAUUAAGGUGGAGAACUCGUCCUCAAAGCUGGUCCAGGCAGCCCAGAUGCUGAAGGCAGAUCCAUAUUCAGUUCCUGCUCGGGAUUACCUGAUCGACGGAUCCAGAGGGAUUCUGUCUGGAACGUCCGACCUGCUCCUUACCUUUGAUGAAGCAGAGGUGCGUAAGAUCAUUCGUGUAUGUAAAGGCAUCCUGGAGUAUCUGACAGUGGCUGAAGUGGUGGAGACCAUGGAGGACCUCAUCACUUACACCAAAAACCUCGGACCAGGGAUGACCAAAAUGUCGAAGAUGAUAGAGGAGAGGCAGCAGGAGCUGACACACCAGGAACAUAGACAGAUGCUGCUCAACUCCAUGAACACUAUCAAAGAGCUGCUGCCUGUCCUCAUCUCAGCCAUAAAGAUUUUUGUUGCUACCAAGAGCAGUCGAGGUGCCGGUGUCGAGGAGGCAGAGAGGAACAGAAGGUUCACCUUUGAGAAGAUGAGCGCUGAAAUCAAUGAGAUCAUUAGGGUUUUACAACUCACCACGUGGGAUGAAGACGCAUGGGCUAAUAAGGAUAUGGAGGCUUUGAAGAGAUCUCUGGCUUUGAUUGAGUCAAAGAUGGCACAAGCUAAAGGCUGGCUAAAAGACCCUCAUGGACAGCCAGGAGAUCCUGGCGAGCUGGCAUUAUGUGUGAUACUGGACGAAGCAGGAAAAGUAGGAGAGCUGUGUGCUGGGAAGGAGAGGAAAGACAUACUGGCAACCACCAAGGCUCUGGGACAAAUGACGGACCAGGUGGCAGAUCUUCGCGCCAGAGGCCAGGGCCCGACUCCAGGAUGUGUGCAGCGUGCUGGCCAGUGCUCUCAGGGCUUAGAUUUGUUAUUUGGCAAAGUGGACAGUGCUGCACGCAGACUGGAGGCUCUAAUCAAUGCCAAGCAGGCCAUUGCCAGGAGACUGGAUGCUGCACAGGCAUGGCUGGCAGAUCCUAAUGGUGGUCCUGAAGGGGAAGAGAACAUCAGGGCGCUUCUAGCAGAGGCAAAACGUAUCGCAGAUUUAUGUGAAGACCCCAAAGAGAGAGAUGACAUCCUGCGCUCUAUUAGUGAGAUUGCCGGACUCACUGCCCGGCUCAUGGAACUACGCAAACAGGGUAAAGGUGACAGCCCAGAGGCCCGUGCACUGGCGAAGCAGAUUGGGGCAGCACUGCUGACCCUACAGUCCAAAACCAACCGUGCUGUGGCCAGCAUGAGACCAGCCAAGCCUGCCGUCACCUUGGAGGGCAAGAUGGAGCAGGCCCUCCGCUGGGUGAACAGCCCUGGGGUGGAUGACAGGGGAGUAGGUCAGGCAGCAAUCAGAGGCAUGGUUGGUGAGGGCAGGCGGCUGGCAGGAGGCCUGUUAGGCCCAUAUCGACAGGACAUGGCUGGACGCUGUGACCGGACAGAGGCUCUGAUGACAUCUUUGGCCGACCUGGCCGGCAGGGGGGAGGCUGAGGCUCCUCACGCACGAGCAACCGCUGCACAACUGCAGGACACCCUCAAGGACCUGAGACAGCAGAUGCAGGAGGUGAUGACCCAGGAGGUGUCCGAUGUUUUCAGUGACACCACCACCCCUAUCAAGCUGCUGGCUGUGGCUGCGACUGCCCCGCCCGAUGCCCCCAACAGAGAAGAGGUUUUUGAGGAGCGUGCCGGGAACUUUGAGACCCACGCAGGUCGGCUGGGAGCGACCGCAGAGAAGGCAGCUGCUGUUGGAACAGCCAACAAAAGCACAGUGGAGGGCAUACAUGCUGCUGUAAAACAUGCCAGGGAGCUCACGCCACAGGUGACCUCUGCUGCUCGCAUCUUGCUGAAGAAUCCUGGCAACAAAGCAGCUUACGAGCACUUUGACACCAUGAAAAACCAGUGGAUCGACAAUGUGGAGAGACUCACUGGUCUGGUUGAUGAAGCCAUCGACACCAAGUCUCUGCUGGAUGCUUCUGAAGAGGCUAUAAAGAAAGACAUUGACAAGUGUCGUGUUGCUAUGGCAAAUGUUCAACCUCAAAUGCUUGUUGCUGGGGCAACAAGCAUAGCAAGACGAGCUAACCGGGUUCUGUUGGUGGCUAAGAGAGAAGUUGAAAACUCUGAGGACCCACGGUUCCGAGACACUGUGAAACACGCCUCAGACAUCCUCUCACACACCAUUUCACCCAUGGUGAUGGAUGCCAAGGCAGUGGCGGGAAACAUACAAGAUAAAGCUCUACAGAAAGCUUACUUGGACUCAUGCAUGAGGAUCCUGGCAGCAGUUGGAAAGGUUAGAGAGGCUUUCCAGCCUCAAGAGCCAGAAUUCCCUCCUCCACCUCCUGACCUGGAUCAGCUCCAUGUUAGUGAUGAACAGGCCCCACCCAAGCCUCCAUUACCAGAGGGUGAAGUUCCCCCACCUCGUCCGCCUCCUCCAGAGGAAAAGGACGAGGAGUUUCCGGAGCAGAAGGCUGGUGAGGUGCUCAGCGAGCCAAUGAUGGUAGCAGCCAGGCAGCUGCAUGAUGAGGCCCGCAAGUGGUCAAGCAAGCCUGAGGAUGAGGAGGCAGUAGAGGAGAGAGAGGUAGAUGAGGAAGAUGAGUUUACUGAUGGUGAGGAUGACUAUGAGCCAGAACUGCUGAUGAUGCCGUCCAACCAGCCGGUCAAUCAACCCAUUCUGGCAGCUGCCCAGUCUCUGCACCAGGAGGCGCGCAAGUGGUCCAGCAAGGGUAAUGACAUCAUAGGAGCCGCCAAGCGGAUGGCUCUUCUGAUGGCAGAAAUGUCUCGGCUGGUGCGUGGAGGAAGCGGGAACAAACGAGCCCUGAUUCAGUGCGCUAAGGACAUCGCCAAGGCCUCAGAUGAGGUGACAAGACUGGCAAAGGAGGUGGCCAAGCAGUGCACUGACAGGCGCAUCAGAACCAACCUGCUGCAGGUCUGUGAGAGAAUCCCUACCAUCAGCACUCAGCUGAAGAUCCUCUCCACGGUAAAAGCCACCAUGCUGGGACGAACCAACAUUAGUGAAGAGGAGUCAGAACAGGCCACAGAAAUGUUGGUUCAUAACGCUCAGAACCUGAUGCAGUCGGUGAAGGAGACCGUCAGAGAAGCAGAAGCUGCCUCCAUCAAGAUCCGCACCGACGCAGGAUUCACCCUCCGCUGGGUGAGGAAGACCCCCUGGUAUCAAUAAAAAUACCUGGACACUGACACGAGUUAACAACCUCAGCGCUUCGAAUGGAAACUACAGGAUUAUGAGCCAUUCUCUGUUGUGGUUCGGGUGUCGGCACCAGGGACCGGUGGAUUUGAUACCAUGCUAGUUUUAUUUAUUAGAGUGAGUUCAGCUUUGCUCUCUUUAUCUUCAGGGGUGGAAUCACGCAAGCUCAUCAGAGACAGUUUUUAAUAUAUAUUUUUGGUAUGUUGUGUUACAAAACUUUAUCAGAAUCCCAGGUAUAUAUUUUUUGCAUGGAAUUUUUUCUAUUUUCUAAAUACAAAUUCUGAUGUUAAGACACUUAACUAUUUGAAUGUUUACUUUGAAUUGUUUUUCAGUGAGUUUCUUAUCAUCUGUUGUACAUACAAUAAUUGUUUGUUUUAUGAAUAAUACUCAGCUUUACUCACUGAGUUUGACACUGAGGUGUGGAAUCAUAGAUGAGCUGAUGAGCUCUCCUCUCAUGUUUACUUUUAGAAAUUAAUUACCGAAGAUUUAUGGAUUCAAAGGUGAUACAUCAUUACUGUGUGCAAUGAUGAUGUUUAUACUUGAAAAACUAAAAGGUCUUCUGAGUAAAAGGUUGUAAAGGAAUUGAGGAUUAUUAGUUAUGAGGUUUUCCCUUGAUUGCAGGAAGGAAAACUAUAACAACAGUGGUACAAGUGACAGUAAAGAUUGGCUUACAUGUUUUUUUUAAAUGUUUUAAUUUGACUGAACUGUAACAGUGUGUGAUGCCAAAGGAUCUGUUUUAAAAUACUUUAAACUCAUUCAGUUCUUCUAUAACUCGAAAGCCAGGUUAUAACAAACAAUGCAGACUGCUUUCUUUACAGACACCGUAAUGGUUUCCUCUGCUUUGCCUUAUUUUCUAUUUUAUUUAAUUUUUUUUAUCAACUUGUAGUGCUUUGUGUCUGCACUCUGUAACAGUUGAACUGUUUGGGAUUAGACUACAAACAUCCUGUUUCUCCCUUUCCCCAGGCAUACCCAAUCUGAAUGCUCUGUUUUGUUCUUAAAUAACCCCGGUGGUUAACGAAUAAUAUUAAUAUGUGAUAUGAGAUAUUGAUGCCAGCCAAGCAGCAAAUACUUUAGUUAAAACCAAAACUUCUUUGGUUGUUUUAGUCUAAAUUUAUAGAGAAAAACAAAUAUAUAUCUUACACACAGUCAGUGAAUGUAUAUUUUAAUUAACUCAGAGGUAAUUUGUUGCCAAUUUUCUUUUUAAAUGAUGGCUGAGCUAAUUUAAGUGUUAAAUUUAGAUUCUGUAUUUGUGUGUGUGUAUGAGAGCACUUAAUCUAAACAGUGUUGGUAAGCUGCCCCUCUGAAGUCAGAGACAGCUUUGAAAAAGCAACACGAAAGGUGAACAACACUUUUUUAGUUGGGCCUACUGGGCACGUAGCAGCCAACGGUGCUCAUGAAGAUCAACGGUUAUACUUGAUGUCUUCAUUCACACCUUAAAUGUACUCUAAUAGCCGCUAGCCCUGCCAACACAUCUGCUGUGCCUUGGAAGAAUAAAUUACUAAAAA